AUGUACAGGAUCAGCUCUCAGUUGUCCGAGAAGAUCAAGCACUUUGCUACCUUCCCCCAAACGGGUGUCUCCUUGAGGCAGAUGGUCAUGUUUGGUCAGAAUCCUACUCAAGGAACCCUCUUCAAGGCCAGUCAGUUCCUGUCUGAGGAAUUACCCAUCCGUCUUGCCCAUCGAGUUAAGGAGCUUGAGGAGUUACCCCAUAACCUCAGCGACAUGCCCUCUAUCAUUCGCGUCAAGAAUUGGUAUGCCCAAUCCUUCCAGGAUCUGGUCGAGUUCCCAAGCAAGGAGAUGACCCCUGCACUCAAGGAUCUGGCCAAGAGCUUGAACAGACAGUCAGAGAUGCAGGCCCUGCCCGAGAACUCACCCAACUUGGCCAUGCCUAACGGCAACAACCAGAGUGGUCGCAAGGGCGUAUCGUUAUCCCACAGUGCCAUGGAUGGGCAGGAGUGGCCAGUGGAGAUGCACUCUUACAAUGAGAGGUUCACGAAAAUGAUCGAAGCAGUGAAGCGCCGACACGAUCCUGUUGUCACCACUGUUGCCCAAGGAAUUCUAGAGUUCAAGCAGCAAAAGAGAUCGCAUACCGUCGACACGGAUAUCCAGGCAUUCUUGGAUCGAUUCUACAUGUCGCGCAUCGGAAUCCGCAUGCUGAUUGGUCAACACAUUGCACUGAACAAGGGACCGUCGCGGAAGGAUUACGUCGGUAUCAUUUGCACAAAGACUAACUUGGCAGACAUGGCUCAGGAGGCGAUCGAUAACGCCAAGUUUAUUUGCGAGGAUUACUACGGCUUGUUCCGUGGACCCGAGGUUCACCUUCACUGCAAGAAAGACCUCGAGUUCAUGUACGUGCCCUCUCACCUGAGCCACAUGUUGUUCGAGUUGCUCAAGAACUCACUCCGGGCCGUGGUGGAGCAAUACGGAACAGAAUGCGACGAAUACCCCCCUAUCAAGCUGAUUGUCGCACAAGGAAAGGAGGAUAUUGCCAUCAAGAUUUCGGAUGAGGGCGGUGGAAUCCCCAGGAGUGGAGUGCCCUUGGUCUGGACCUAUAUGUAUACUACAGCACCAUCGCAGCACCUUGACCCAACGUUUGACAAGUCGGACUUUAAGGCGCCCAUGGCUGGAUUUGGAUAUGGCCUUCCCAUAAGCAGGCUCUAUGCAAGAUACUUUGGAGGUGACUUGAAGCUGAUCUCAAUGGAGGGUUACGGCACGGACGUGUACCUGCACUUGAACAGAAUCUCCAACAGUGAUGAACCUCUGCCCUAG